UUUUGUUUCCUUCAUCCUCACGGUGUCUUUCCAGAUAUUAUUCAAAAUUACAAUAUUUUCUUAUUAAUUUUAUUGUCCUUUUUUGUUUCGCGUGUGAUUAUUAACUCGAGGUGAAUUCUAUAUCCUUGUUAAUAUCACACGCGAAAUAAUUAAAGAUCUAACUAUAUUGUAUCUAGAAUUUGGAGAAUUUGAAGAUUAAAGCGAAGUAUUGAGAAGAAGAAGAAAGCCAAAAGAUUUGAAGUAAAAAUGGCACCGAUGUUCGAAUGGUGGGCCAAAGGAAACAACCGUAAAGGUACACCGGUCGUCGUUAAAAUGGAACACCCUAAUAACUGGUCAAUGGUGGAGCUUGAAUCACCGUCUGAGCAAGACUUUCUCGUCGAAGGUCGCCGUGAGAAAUCUCGAAACAAGAACGCGAGACAGCUCACAUGGGUCCUCCUUCUCAAAGCCCACCGUGCCGCAGGCUGUCUCACUUCCCUCGGCUCAGCAUUAAUCGCUCUUGGAACCGCCGUACGCCGCCGUAUUGCUGCCGGCCGUACAGACAUUGAGAUCUCUUCGUCUUCUUCUCCGGCUAUCACGAAAUCAAAACCGAGGCUGUUCUAUUCGUGUUUAAAGGUGUUUCUAUGGCUUUCACUAAUGCUUCUAGCUUUUGAAGUUGCUGCGUAUUUUAAAGGAUGGCAUUUCGAAACACCCAAGCUUCAGCUUCAAUUCAUCUUCAUUGCGUCUCCUUUUUCUGUAAAAGGAUUCUUCGAUUGGGUUUAUACUCACUGGGUUUUACUUCGUGUUGAGUAUCUUGCUCCUCCGCUGCAGUUUCUCGCUAAUGCUUGCAUCGUCCUCUUCCUUAUUCAAAGCCUAGACAGACUCAUCCUCUGCUUAGGCUGUUUCUGGAUCCGAUUCAAGAAAAUCAAACCGGUUCCCAAAAACUCAACCUCUGAUCUAGAAUCGGGCGAGAAUGGAUUCUUCCUCCCUAUGGUUCUGGUUCAGAUUCCUAUGUGUAACGAAAAAGAGGUUUAUCAGCAAUCAAUUGCGGCUGUAUGUAAUUUAGACUGGCCAAAAUCGAAGAUUUUGAUUCAAAUUCUGGAUGAUUCAAAUGAUCCAAUCACACAGAGUUUGAUCAAAGAAGAGGUUCAUAAAUGGCAGAAGGAAGGUGCAAGAAUUGUGUAUCGCCACCGUGUGAAUAGAGAAGGCUACAAAGCUGGAAAUCUUAAGUCUGCAAUGAACUGUAGCUACGUCAAAGACUACGAAUUCGUCGCCAUUUUCGAUGCCGAUUUUCAGCCUUUACCUGAUUUCCUCAAAAAGACAAUUUCUCAUUUUAAGGACAAUGAGGAACUAGGACUGGUACAAGCGAGAUGGUCGUUUGUCAAUAAGGAAGAGAACUUGUUGACAAGAUUACAGAACAUUAACUUGGCAUUUCACUUUGAGGUUGAACAACAAGUGAAUAGUGUCUUCUUGAAUUUCUUUGGAUUCAAUGGAACGGCUGGUGUGUGGAGGAUUAAGGCUUUGGAAGAUUCUGGUGGUUGGCUCGAGAGAACAACCGUCGAGGACAUGGACAUUGCUGUUCGUGCUCAUCUCCAUGGCUGGAAAUUCAUUUUCCUAAACGAUGUUGAGUGCAUUUGUGAAUUACCUGAAUCUUAUGAAGCUUACCAGAAACAGCAACAUAGAUGGCAUUCAGGACCUAUGCAGCUAUUUCGCCUUUCUUUGCCCGCCGUCAUUAAAUCGAAGAUAAGCAUAGGCAAGAAGUUCAAUUUGAUAUUCCUCUUCUUCCUACUGAGGAAGCUCAUCUUGCCUUUCUACUCAUUCACACUCUUUUGUAUCAUCUUGCCAAUGACUAUGUUUGUGCCUGAAGCUGAACUCCCUGCUUGGGUUGUCUGCUACAUACCUGCAACAAUGUCGGUCUUCAACAUCCUUCCCGCCCCGAAAUCAUUUCCGUUUAUCGUCCCUUACCUUCUCUUCGAGAAUACAAUGUCCGUGACCAAGUUCAAUGCAAUGGUCUCGGGCCUGUUUCAACUCGGAAGUUCGUACGAAUGGGUUGUUACUAAGAAAUCAGGGCGAUCAUCGGAAGGAGAUCUUGCUGCUUUAGUUGAAAAUGAAGGAGGAAAAAAAAUGAAACAUCUGAGAGGCGUGUCUGCACCGGAAACAGAGGCUGAGAAGAAAGCUCAAAAGAAGAUUAAGAAGAAGAAGCACAAUAGGAUAUAUAUGAAGGAGCUCUCACUAGCGUUUCUGUUAUUAACCGCAGCAACUCGAAGUCUCUUAUCGGCUCAAGGAAUCCACUUUUACUUCCUCUUGUUUCAGGGAAUAUCCUUCUUACUGGUGGGUCUGGAUCUAAUUGGAGAGCAAGUUGAAUGACGGUAAAGAGAUUGCAUGGGUCUUAAUAGGGCUUGUAGAGAAACAUUUUAGAAGACAGGAAGGGGUCUGGACCCAAGAAUACAAUUACAUAUAUAACAUCAUUGAACAUAGAUCACCAGCUUUCACAGAGGAAGGACAUGGGUAAAAUGUGUUGGUAAUAUGUAACUUCACCUCUUCUUUUUUUAAUCUCUCUUUUGGGUUCGGCCACAAAUCUUUAAUUCUUUUGUUCAAGGGGACAAUUCUUUUGCAAGAAAGUAUGAUAGCAAGGUAUCAUUUCAUAAGUGAUGCUAAAAAUAAGAUUAAGGUCAAUGGUGCUAAACAUUAGAUUAAGCUUAAUUGCCAUAAGUAACGCUAAAACAUGAGACCGUGGUCAGCUGUUAUAAUUAAUUCAAAAAAUUGCAUCAAUUUUAGUGAUGCAAGUACACUAAGGUCAUUUUUUUUAAAUUCCAAAAAGCGAUGCU